AUGACGAGUCCAAAUAUAUCCUUGUUGAUAUGGUGUGAUGGCCGUAUUGUGAGUUCUCCGUGUGGAAUAGAAUAUCAUGGGGGUCGUCCGGUUAAUAUGGCGCUUAGCGAGAGAAUGAGUUUCGAAGAAUUACAAAAUAUUUGUAGAAGAGCAGUUUCUACCGACGGGGAAGUAGAAAUUUCAAAAAUCUACUUCCGGCUUCCAAGAAUAGUUGGGGGUGCGAUACGCUCGUACUCGUUGUAUUCUGUGGAGAAUAACGAGCAUGUGUUUGGAAUUUUGAACGAGGUUGUGCGGUAUCCGCAACUGGAUAUUUUGGAAUUUUACGUGGAAUACGAGGCUGUGGUUCGCAACGAGACUUUACUGGACCAGUUGGUUUUAGGUGAUUCCAGCGGGUCUGAGAAGGGUAGUGAUGAAGAGGAAGAAGAGGAAGAAGAGGAUUUCUAUGACAGCAACGAAGAGGAUGUCGAGGAAGACUUAGGAGCAGAUUCACAAUAUCAGUCGCAACUUCCUGAGCAUGUAAGAAGGGCGGAUAUUUGCGACUUUGACGUCGCCCCGGAGGCUGAUGAGAAGAUUAUGUGGGAUCCUGGGAUGGAAUUCCGAGUAGGGAUGGUCUUCCCAAAUCGCGAUGCCGUCCGAGCUUGUGCGACUUCUUAUUCGGUCGGGGUGGGAAGGGAGUACAAGGGUCGCCGGACUACCAACUCCACAAUAUUGUUGGUUUGUAGGCACAACCCUGUCUGCAAAUGGUGGUUGCGCGCUACACUUCUGCAAUCAACUCAGACGUGGACGUUACCAAAAUAUAUUGGCCCGCACACGUGCAAUCAGCUGUUACCUGAUCCAAACCAUCAGAAUUUUGGGUCUGGUCCGAUCGCAGACUAUAUAAGGGUCAAGUAA